AUGGCGGCAGUGGCGGCGUUCGUGGUCCGCGGCGGGCCCAGGGCCCUGGCCUUGGGCUGUCCCCGCCGGCUGCACACUGUGUACCAGACCGCGGAGCUGCCGGAAACCCACCAGAUGCUGCGGCAGACGUGUCGGGACUUCGCAGAAAAGGAGCUGAUGCCUCUGGCGGCUCAGCUGGACAAGGAGCACCGCUUCCCGGCCGAGCAGGUGAAGAAGAUGGGCAGCCUGGGGCUGCUGGCUAUGGACAUGCCAGAGAAGUACAAAGGAGCAGGCCUCGACUACCUGGCAUAUUCCAUUGCUGUGGAGGAGAUCAGCAGGGGCUGUGCGUCCAGCGGCGUCAUCAUCAGUGUCAACAAUUCUCUGUAUCUAGGACCCAUACUCAAGUUUGGCUCCGAGGAGCAGAAGCAGAAGUGGAUUGCUCCCUUCACCAGCGGGGAGAAGAUUGGGUGCUUCGCCCUCAGUGAACCAGGAAACGGCAGCGACGCGGGCGCGGCUUCCACGGUGGCACGGCUGGAGGGGGAGGAGUGGGUGCUGAAUGGCACCAAGGCCUGGAUCACCAACGCCUGGGACGCCUCGGCCACCGUGGUGUUUGCUACCACCGACAAGGCACUGAAGCACAAGGGAAUUAGUGCGUUCCUGGUUCCCAUGCCAACUGCUGGGCUGUCACUGGGAAAGAAAGAAGACAAGCUGGGCAUCCGAGCCUCUUCCACUGCCAACCUGAUCUUUGAGGACUGUCGCAUUCCCAAGGCCAACCUGCUGGGGCAGCUGGGCAUGGGCUUCAAGAUUGCCAUGCAAACUCUGGAUGGAGGAAGGAUUGGCAUUGCCUCGCAAGCCCUUGGCAUAGCACAGGCAGCUCUCGACUGUGCCGUGGACUAUGCUGAAAAGAGAAUGGCCUUUGGGUCUCCCAUCACAAAGCUGCAGGCAGUGCAGUUCAAGCUGGCAGACAUGGCUGUGGCGUUGGAGGGUGCACGCCUGCUGACCUGGAGAGCUGCAAUGCUGAAGGACAAUGGAAAGCCCUUCACAAAGGAAGCAGCAAUGGCCAAAUUGGCUGCGUCAGAGGCAGCCACGGCCAUCACUCACCAGGCCAUCCAGAUCUUGGGAGGGAUGGGCUAUGUGACAGAGAUGCCAGCAGAACGGCACUACCGGGAUGCUCGCAUCACCGAAAUCUAUGAGGGGACCAGCGAGAUCCAGCGGCUGGUGAUAGCUGGGCAGCUGCUCAAGGCCUACCGAGGCUGAAGGUGCUGCUGCAGCAUGACACUGCCCCAGAGUGCCUCACAACAGUGCUCAGCAGUGUCUGAGGCCUGGCCCUCCUGACUGAGGCUAAUGGUGGAAGUUUCCUCACCAAUGAGUAACUGACCCUCUUGUUAACAUGUGCUGAUUUUUCUUUGGACAAAGUUGUGUGUCUGGGAGGCUGCCUUAGGGCUGUGAGGGCAGGAGUGAACCUGUCCUUGUAGGGGAGCACAGGUCUUUUACUAAACUCGGAGCCUGGCUUUGGUAGUGAUCUUUGCUGUUCAGUGAAGGCAGGAGCUCUCCUUGUGAUCCCUGGACCCUGCUCUGGGCUGGAGUGAUGCUGCCCCUGCUGCUCAGCCUUACAUGAAUUUCAGGUGUGGGACAGCUUGGGGCAAGCUCCUGCAUAGAUCCAGGCUGUGUCGAGGUAACCCUUGCAGCAGGAGAGGAGGCAGAUGGGAGGACACAGGUAGUAGCUGUGCCCAGGGGAGCUCUUGCAUGGCCUGUGGUUGUUUGCCUCUAAAUACAAAGGUCAGAAAUGUGGCCUUGCUCCUGCCCUGCAGAGCCCAGCAGCCUACUUACUCAGCCCCUAAUGGUGCAAAGCAAAGGACAGAACAGCAGUAGCACUUGAGACUGUUGUGUGUUUUUAACACCAAAGCUGCUCCCAAAGCUGCUUUUAGUACACAAACGACUACCCUGCAGGAAAGAAGGUGCAUGAAGUGGCAGCAACAGUCUUUAAUCUCUGCAUCUUGUAGGCAGCGAGGAGAAAAGGAGCAGAUCACACAGCAAAUCUUACCAGGAAGCCUUAGUGGUAGUGCAUACUUUCAAUCGGUGACCUUUGGCAAGAAACUAACUUUUAGAAGGUCCAACGGCCAAAAGAAAAGCUUUAAACUCUGGAAACGAUUAAGACUGCAGCCUGUCUGGUCCCCUUGUCCAAGGAGGAAUGCACUAAAUGCUUAUUUCCUGUGGUGCCUUUUAUUUAGAGUUGUGUGGAGAGAAACACAGCAGGACUCUCUUCUAUGAAAAGAGCGCAAACAAGCCAAAUAAAACCUGAUCCUAAAGGGGUUUUUUUGUAA